AUGGAAGAACGGGAUCGUGAAGAUGCUUUGCAGUUAGCACCAUUGAACUUUAGUGGGCUAACAAAUAAUGUUUCAAUGAUAGUCAGCAAUGGUGAUACAUAUCAGCAUAGUAUCAUGACAGCUGGGAGUAAUUGGAUUCAUAAUGUCCCCAUACCUCAAUGGAUACACUGCCAAACCCCUCAAAAUUAUGUCGAGUUUCUCGCAGAGAAAGGGUUCCCUGAAAUCCAGAAAAAUGUAUCCUAUGACAUUUCUGCUGAAGCAUCUAAUUUUGGACAGGUCUAUCCUUCUCAAGUGGAAGGAUAUUCAAUGCCGCAGGGUGAGUGGGCUCAGGUAAUGGAUUUCACAGGCAUGGAGCAUCAGCUUGGUGUUCAGAAACAAGAUUGGAAUGAAGAAUAUAGUAAUGUUUCUCAAGCUAAUUCAGGGUUGGGUGCUGCUGCAGCAAAUAAUUCUUCUGAAACCCGUCGUAAAAUAUCAAGACAGAGAGCUUAUGCUUCUGACCGUUGUCGCAGGUUGAGGAUUUCAGAGAGGAUUUAUGCAUUGCAGGGAUUGCUGCCACAUUCUAAAGAGGGUGGUAGAGCAUCUGUGCUGGAUGAUAUCAUUGACUAUAUCAAAUAUUUGCAAUUUCAAGUGAAGGAUUUGAGCCGAAGCAAAUUGGAACGUGAAUCAACUUCUAGUCCUUUUAUAUUCCUUGAGGGAUAUGGCCAUUACUUCGUUAAUGAGCAGAUGCUCCACGAGCCUCUUGAAGAGAUGAUGGGAAAGUUGUUUGAGGUCAAUCCCUCAGCAGCCACUGAACUAUUGCAUAGCAGGGGACUUUAUGUGACGCCUAUGGCUUUUGCAGAAGGAUUCCAGAAACCCGUAUAG